AAGAUGAGCUGGUGUUCGAGAGCUUUCUGAGGAAAAGGAAGCACAGAAUGAAGCUGAAAUGGGUGACCUAUUGGUUCAGGCUGCAGAACUCAGUGCUCUGCUUCUACUCCCAGAAACCGGGAAGUUCGAAAGGGGUCCAGAAGAGAUAAUUCUUGGAUUCUUUGAACCAUUUUGCCAGACAGACUUGGAGCUUUCACAUUUUCUCACAUCUACCAAGAACUAGAAAUGGAACCCCAAUGGAGAAAAGCAAAAGAACCCUUGUUAGUUACAGCUGAAAGGACAAUAUUGUAUAUGGAUGGUAAAGUCCGUGCGCGAAGUUCAGAAGUCAGAAGGCAAACGCUAUGCUUUUGAGAUCGGCAUGAAAAACGGGAAAAAGAAACUGCUGGCAGCAGACACGGCAGACCUCAGACAGACCUGGGUUGAGCUCCUGUGGAGGGCCAUGCGGGCUCCGGGAGAGAGGCACUCCGUUCCUGCCUGCAUCUGGCAGGAAGGGGAGGAGCUGAGCGGGCAGGGCAGUGCGCACAGCAGCGGGUCGGAGGGGGAGCGGAGGGAACGGGACAGAGGACGUCUCCGCGCCUCUUCUGAACCCUGGGCCCUCACCCCGGAACCCCUCUGUCCCGGCACGCCCCGGGCCUGGACCGGGAGGGCCCUCACCCCGGAGCCCCUCUGUCCCGGCACGCCCCGGACCACCACCAAGUCCCCUGCACUCGGUGCAGCCUCCUUUGAUAGCGGUCUCUGGAAAUCCAGUCUGGGACUGCAGGAAGAGGAAGAGGAAGAGGAAGAGGAAGAGCAGGAUGCUGAGGAGAGCGACUACGACGUAUUGCCAUCCAGGACACAGCGUUUGCUUCAGGAGGAGAACAUCUACGACGUUCCGCUGUGCAACAUGAGGGUCACUGAGGAAACGCACCCAGGUUACAGAGAAAUUGAGGAGAGCAUCUAUGAUGUACCAAGUUCUUUGCUGAGAAGACUGUCGGACCGGAGCAUUGGGGACCAGUCAGAAGGGCUUUGGUCUCCUGACCGCGGAGGCGUCCCAGACGGGGAUGAUUCCGGCUUCCCCAGCGGGACGGCGGGAUGGACGGCGCCCGCUCCGGAGGGUUUGACCGACCUAUGACCGACUUCGGCUCUGCUGCAGCCAAUCGGGGACGUCCACGGUGCCGAGGUCACGCCUUUCGACCGACAGCCGAAACGGUCCGGGCAACCUGGAAUUUUUUCGAUGCAGUUUCGGAGCGGAAAGAGAGACAAUCGGUUCGUCCAGGGGAAUAUUGUCAGUGCAACUUUAAAGCGUCGCUCUGGAUAAGAGCGUCUGCAAAUGCCAGUAAUGUAAUGUAAUGUAAUGGGUUAAAGGUUCAAAUCUGUAACCACAAUCUCAACCUAGCAACCCCCACCAGUCCGUAAUCCCAACAACCCCCCCACCACACUUCCCCCCACUGGGUCCUAAAUCUCCCCAUUCCCGCGAUCAUAAGUAUAGAUGCCUGGAAAAUGACAUGGAAAAUGAAUGGGAACUUGGAAACCUCCACCAAAAGUGCUUCUUCAGUCUGGGAGUGAAAUUGGGUUUUUAUGGAAAUAGUUUCUAUUGUUUUUUUUACUGUAAUACUGUGUGUAUCUACAGCUGGCUUGCUGCUGUGUUGGUAUUGGCUGUGUUCAGGUAAGCAGGCCCAUCUGUGUUUACUUAGGUACGCACAUUUCAUUUUGUUUAAAAGAAUGUUUUAUUGUCCAUGGGGAAAUACGUCUCAAAACCAGUUUUUUGGGUUAGAAAUCAAAUUCCAGGUUUUUUUUUUUUGUGGUACUGCAAUACACCUUCUCUCCAUGAAAAAUGUUUCUUACUUUGUAAUUCACUUCCACCACUGUAAUAGUCCAUUAAUAUCAAUUACAAGUUACAACUUUGCUUUCCGAUCUCUCUGUAGCAUGAACGGGUUAUUUAUUUUCACAUAAGCGUUAUUAACCAUGUUGUUUGCAUAUACCUGUGAAACUCAUUUCUACAACAGAAAUAUCCAAUAGUGUAGUUUGUAAAUCAGGUUACUAAUAUGUGUCCUUGGACAACCUUUAAACUUGAAGGGAAGAUGUCAUUAAACAGCCAAUGAUAUGAUGAACACCAACCAGCAUCUGACAACUCAAAAAAUAAA